UAAUAAGCAAUAAAGACAUAAACCUAAUAGGAAAGAAAAAUCAGCCGAGCGAGGGGAAGAGAAGCCUCUCACCUUCAUGCCAUGUGUGCCACAUGGACAGACAAAAAUGCACUACCUGCCUUCUCAAACCGGAGCUUCACAAAGUAUGGUUUUUCUUGUACCAUAUGAAGUUCAGAAAUAAAUUAAAAAGGUGCUCUAGCAAUAGGACCAAAACUAUAUAAUUAACCAUACUUACAAACUUCGUCAGAUGAUGUUCAGGAACUCAGCCACUAGCUGUUAAACAGAGACAAACUUUAGCAAGAAUGAUUUAGCUGAUGACCCCUUCUUUUGAGCGCAAGAUUUGUUAAGUCCAUGCUAUACUUAGAAUAUAUUUAAAUUCACAUGUGAACUCUCAGCAAAGAACAUAAGAGGAUAUCAAGAUUGAAGAAGUAGAUGACAUACCCGCGUGCUUGACAAAAAAAGAAAUUAUAAAAGGUGAACAACUGA